AUGGACUCAAAGUAUCUAGGAUAUAUUGCAUGUGAAGAAACAUGCGGCGGUACUGUCUGCGGAUGUCUUCUCCCGAUGCCAGUAUGCUCAUUCUUGCGUCUGGCACAAGUACCAAGUAAGUUAGUGUUUGAAAUAGUGCUCUACAUGGAGUGGACGCCAACAGUGCAGGUUGACAUUGAAAUAACGAUGUAUAACAGAGGAAAAGAAAAAUCGAUAAUUCUGACACCCUAUGUCACUCACAAGUACGAUGAGCUAUCGAUUACCGCAGUUUCAAUUCAAAAACCAAAUUUUCCUCUAAUGGACAGAAGAUUCGCUGUUUCCGAAAACGAUGCACUAAUGUUGCCAAAUGAUUUUAGUCUCCCUGUGGAAUGCGAGUCAUAUAUCCAAGCGAAAGAAGAAUUUUCAAAAUGCAAAAAUCGCAUGGUUUGUACUUGUGAAAAUCUAAAGCCUCCUAGAGGAUGCAAGUGCCCACUAGGUUCUAUUAGGAACCUGCGUAAAGAGAUCACCAAUGUACUUCCCUCUGGAACCCCAUUCACAGAAAUAAGGUUAGAAGAAGGAAAUAUCAACGCCUAUACUCACCAACAUGAAACCAAUAUUGUUAUUGAGUCAAGCCCUAUGUUCAACAGCGCACAUUACAUCAUAGAACAAUCUUGUGGUAUAACAUUUGAAGAAAUAAAAGGCUGCUAUAAUUGUCUUGAAGGAGCACAAGUUAAAGUCUCGUGCAUAACUCGCAUUAAUGCCUGGGCAAAUUUCAAGUGUUCUUCAUCGAAUGUGGGCCAUCGAACAAAAUUAAUAUAG